ACCAUUUUCCUUUUCUGGUACUACUUCAAUGGCCGUAGCCUCGAAGGGUGGUGAAGAGUUGGCGAUGAAGAGAGAGGAGGAAGAAGAAGAAGAAGAAGAAGAAGAAGCCAUGGAGGCGCCAGUGAGCCCCAUUGGCCAAUACUUCAACAGCGACGCGCUCUCCAUCUCCAUCCUCGGCAUAUUCGAAUCCGAAGUCGCCAUCGACGAGGCUCCGGUUAUGUCGACGUUGGAGAACGUCUUCAUAACCCUUCAUCCGCGCUUCUCUUCUAUCAUGGUUCGGGACGAUCACGGGAACCAACGGUGGGAACGCGUUGCGGUUGAUCUAAAUCAGCACGUCAAAUCCCCCACGUUCCCGGGGGGCUUAACUACCUACGACAAGCAAGUGAAACAGUACAUGACAAAGAUAGCCAACGAUAAGCUGCCCCAGAAUCGUCCCCUGUGGGACCUGCACAUCAUGAACUACCCGACGGCGGCCGCGGCGGCGACGGUGGUGCUGAAGCUCCACCACGCCCUCGGCGACGGCUACUCCCUCAUGGGAGCCAUCUUCUCGUGCGUGCGGCGCGCCGACGACCCCUCACGGCCGCUCACGUUCCCCCACUACAAGCCGCGGGGGCCGGGGACGGCGGCGGCGGCGGCGGGGAAGGAGGGGGGUAAGGCGAGCGCGGCAUGGCGCAGCGUGCGGCGGGGGGUGGCGGUCGGGUUCAACACGGUGCGCGACUUCGGGUGGAGCCUGCUGAAGAGCAACGCGCUGGAGGACGGCCGGAGCGCGCUGCGGUCGGGGGUCGCCGGCGUCGAGUUCCUCCCCGUGGAGAUCUCCGCGGUGGCUUUUGCGAUGGAGGACAUCAAGAGGAUCAAGGAUAAGCUCGGCGCCACCGUGAACGACGUGGUCGCCGGCGUGAUGUUCUACGCGACCCGGCUCUACGUUCAAGCUGCUCAGAAAAACGGCGGCGGCGACGAGAAGCAGCCGGCGAUGACGGCGCUGGUUCUGCUGAACACGAGGCUCGUCACCGGCUACCAGAGCGUGGCGGAGAUGACGCGGGGGAGGACCAAGUCGCCCUGGGGCAACCACUUCGCCUUCCUCCACGUCUCCGUCCCCUCGUGCGGGGCCGACGCCAGCGCGGCGGAUCCGGUGAGCUUCGUGCUGGAGGCGAAGAGGACCAUCAAGGCGAAGAGGGCGUCCCUCGCCGUGUUCCUCACCGGGCACUUGCUCGAGGCUCUCAGGAAGCUCAGAGGAGCUGAGGCCGCAGCUCGUUACCUACAUGCUACACUGAGGAACACGAGCAUGGGGAUCACAAACCUACCUGGGCCUGUAGAGAAGAUGUCUAUUGCUGGGCACCCUGUCAAGAGCCUUUACUUCAUGGUGGUGGGUUCACCUCAGAGUCUCACAGUAACUGCUCUUAGCUACAUGGGACAGCUCAAAAUUGCAGUGGGAGCAGAGAAGGGGUUUAUAAAUUCUGAGCUCUUGGUCUCAUGCAUGGAGAAAUCUUUUGAGAGGAUCCUUGAAGCAUCUGUUGGCAAAAAAACCUAAUUAAGAGCGCGUAAUCAUUCGAAUCGAGCUUUAAUUUAUGGAGUAAUGCUAUGCUUACAAACACUUUUACAAAUUUUCUGCAAACUGAAUCAGGCAAGUCAUAUUUCAUUGGUCAGAAAUAAAUCCAGAUACUCAAAACACACGAGCUUGUAGGAAGUUUAUACAGAAUUUGUGAGCAUAGGAUCAUUCUUGUUUAAAUCUUUUCUCACUAGCUUGCUCUGUUGUUUCCUUAUUAUAUAUACUAUUUAUGUUCUUCAAACUUGUAGUUGUUUCCACAGGACCAGUUGUAAGUGUAAUUGGGGUAUAGUUCAAUUGGAGGUUUUUUUAUUUUUAA